AUGAAGCUCCUCGCUCUUCUCACCCUUGCCCUUUCGGCGGGCGUUGGUGCUUUUGCCCAGGGCAAUAAUGCUACUGCCUUCGCUGAGGGGUUUCUUAGUGCUCUCCGUACCAACAACUUGUCGUCGCUCGCCGACGUUGUUGGCAUUCAUAGCGAGGCUCUUCUUCCCGCUCUUCAGGGCGGUAACAAGACAGUUCUUGCUCCCUCUAAUCAGGCUUUUGCUGCCCUCGGCGACAACGUCGAUAGCCAGACGCUCGUUGCUACCAUCGCCUACCACGCCUUGUUUUGUGUGUUGGAUGCAGUCCUCAAUGGUUCCAUUAGUACUGACUCGAUCGGCACCAAGGAUAAGACGAUCGCUUCUUCGGCUCUUGUGAUGCCAGAGUUCGUCAGCCUGCCGCGAAACCGCAGCCAGGUUGUCGUUCUUUCCAAGUACGAGCAGAACAACACUGUCUAUGUUGAGCUCGAGUCGCGCAAUGUUUCCUUGGCCAUGGCCAUGGAUGGUGCUCAGUACGAGAAUAUUCGUGUUCAACCGAUCGAUCAGGUUCUUAGUAUUCCCCCUGUCACCUCUGAGGUCGUUAGCAACCUUGGCGCUUCGCAGCUCGGCCAGCUUCUGCAGAGUGCCAAUCUUGUGGAGCCUCUUGAUGCUUCGGUGGUCACGGUGUUUGCUCCCUUGAACGAGCCUAUCGAGGCAGCUCAGUCUGGCAUGAGUGAUGCUAGUGCUGAGCAGCAGACAGCUCUUCUUCUCAAUCAUGUGGUCAACGGUAGUGUCAUUUACUCGACUAGUCUUGCUAUCACGCCCGAUGCGAUCUCGGCUUCGGGUAAUCAGCUUAGGGUGAUGACCAACUCUUCCGGUGCUUUCGUCAAUUCUGGUAAUAUCACCGCUCGUAUUGUUGAGAGCGACUAUGUUGCUAAGAACGGCGUUGUUCAUCUUAUUGACAAGGUUCUAGUCAACACUACUCAGAACAUGCAGGCUGCUGGUUCUGCUUACAGCUCGGCUACUUCUGCUGCCGCUACUGAGACUGCUGCUCCUGGUGUUGGCUCUGAAUCUGGUUCUGCUUCUGGUGCUUCUGGUGGUGGUGCUGGUGCUGGUAACGGUGGCAACAGGUUGCAAACCAGCGGUGCUGCUGCUGCCAUCGCUGGUAUGCUUGGCUCUGCUUUCUGGCUACUUGCUUAA